UCCGACCGUUUGCUUUCAGUCGUACCCGCUCGUUGCAUUCCUGGUUUCUGAUGCUGUUGUUGAUGUUGAUGUUGUUGCUGGCUGCCUUUCCAAACGAGAAAAGAUCAUCUUCGAGCCGGUCGCGUCGUUCAUCGGUGCGAUGUACUAACCGAAGCGCGUUACCUGGGCCGCCAAUGCUGCCGGUACUUUGGUACACCGUAACAAUCGUGCAAAAGAUAUCGACUAUGGCAGGAUAACUCCUCGGUGUGUCGUGCGUGCCUCAAGUGUUUUUAUUCGUAGCAUAGUUUUCAUACUCGAACGAUACCAAGUGGAAUGUGUGGGUGUGUUACAACAGUAGUUGUUAAGAAGUAUCGCUUCGAAAAGAGAAAGUGUUGUUGUCGUUGUGGAUGAUCGAAUAAAAUUGCUUCAGCCACGAUGUGAACGAAUUGGCUUAAAAACAUCAACUGUUAUAAGUGUGUACCAAUCCAAUGAGCGAUUGAUAAUGAAAAUUUGCACUGCUGUUCUUUUGCUGGUUUGGAGAACGUGUAUUAGCGGUAGCUUUUUUAACGGUUGGGAAAUUCGUCGUUGAUUCCGACCAAAAUGAAUACAACCAUAAAAUUGAUAAGUAGGAAUUUAGGAAACUCCACCUGAUUAUUUCGCCAUGAAACCGAUAACGUUUGAAAACUUGCGACGACUCAUUGGAGGCCGUCGCAAGAAAAAGGAUAAAGAGGCGUCGUUUAAAAGGAGCGAUUCUUUUAAAAGAAUUUCGAUCAGAAAAAGUUACUUGGACCGAGGUAAAAAGAAGCAUCUUCAGAAACUUGAAGUUGCCACUCAAACUGUCGUAGAAGAAGCGUUGAAUAGCAAACCUCUGCCUUCUACAUCAAGUAAAGCAGAUGGGGUAGCACAGACUAAUAUUUGCUGCUCCGGUUCUUCGAGCAAAGACGACGUGGAAUUGUACAGUCGUUGGGCUAAAGAAGAACUCAAUUCUCAAAAAGGGAAGACGUGUUCCGUUGCUAAAGGUUCAGAAAGAACAAUAAUAUACGUUCCUGCCUCAGACGAAUCCAAACAUCCUUCCACUGUUAUUCGACAGCUUUCUUCGUCACCAACGCGAUCAAGAAAGUACGAAAACAAGAAAAAGUGCAAAUCUUCAUCGUCUUUACUUGAAAGGACCCAAAGUAAUGAUUCGGCCGUUGAAAUGUUCCCAUGGGGAAAUCCUACAGAUAUUCAGAAAUCUCCCUUGAUAAAAAGGAAAUCGCGGUCGUCGUCACCAGCUGUCGGAUCCGGACUUCUUGGUCUUGACUCUGGUGCAGAAGAGUUGUGUUCGUUAUCAAUAAGUCUGGGAAGGAUUUGGAUGGACGCUCCGCAAAACAUGACUCCCAGAAGUCUGGAACUUCCCAGAACUUCUACUGCGAACGUUAAUACUCACCAUUCUCUUGACAGUGCUCUUAAAGAUAGACGAGAUGAAAUAAAGAGAUUCCAGAAGAACGAAACUCCGUCUAAAGGAACAGAAAACAGUUGCACUGGCGGUAUCAUGUCUAGCAAGGAUUCCGGGUUUUCCAUAUCAAUCCCCAAAUUGACCGAUUUCAACUCAUUCGAUGGCCCUGUUCCGAUGGUGUCACGAGGAUUUUUUGGAAGGAAGAGACCAAAGCCAAAAUUAUCGGUUAGUAGAGACGGUUAUUUUAAACGAACAAGUGGUGCCGCUCUGAUCGUCGAUUUUCGAAGAAGUUCCGUGAAGAGGCGCAGCAGUCGCAAAAAGCGUCUUCGGAAUUCGGCAAGGAAGAAAAAGAAAGCUGCCGAAGCAGCAAAGUGCGACAUCUACCAGGUGUUCGUCGGCAGGACACCGAGAUCGUUGCGUUCGUUAAAACUCGAUCCGAUGAUAUUCGUUCCACCGGAAAGAAGGAGAUCGUCGAUUAAACGAAAACAGUCAUUCAAACUCGGUCUUCCGGAAAUAAGAAGAGUCAAUUGUGCAGAAGUGGAUCCUUAUUUAGGGCCAUCAAAUAGCCAACAAGACGAAGACCACUACGAAUCUCCGUCUUUUGAUACAUUUUACGACGACGACGCCGAUGAAGAGCUCCUCAGCGGACGGGUAUCCCGCAUAAGCGUCAGGAGGAACGAAGCGGAAGGAGAUUAUGAUUAUCCUUCGAACAAUUUUACGACCGCUUACGGUUAUUUUGAAGAUGCGGACGAAUCUAGUGCUCUGUCGGUAUCGUUAAACUCAUCGCGUCCGAACAGUUCCAUUGCCGAAAAUGAGAACGACUGUCCGCUGAGUAUCAGUGGCGGUUACAAUAAUGUUACGUGUAGUUCGAGCGGACCCGCGUCGUCCGUCAUAUCGAAGAGGAAGGCCGUGAGGAGAAAAAAAUCGGGACUGUCACAUAAAAGAAGUGUAACGUAUGUAGCGAAGCCGGUCAUCGUUAGGGCACCGUCGACCCUGAGGAAACAUAAAAAACAUCAAGGUGAUAUAACACAAAAGGGAUAUGAAAAGAAGCGUUCUAGACUACUUUCUCCAUAUGUGCCUAAACAAAAUGCAGCUUCAUUGGAGGGAAAUGGCGUCGGGAGCGGAAACGAGAAUAACCUCGGAAAUGGCGGCGGUGAGGGUGGCAUUUGUAUCGUCGGGGGUAUCAGUGGUGGCAAACAGUACACAAGAAGGCGCACACAACGUCGCGUCACUCACAAUGAAAAAAGAUACCAUUCAGCUGUGGGCUCGGGGGUUGCGCCCCAACAGCGAGGGUUCAGUCCGGCGGCCAAAGCUCAUCGUAGAAACAAUCGAAGACUUACCAGGAAUGAGAGCAGAUACCAUUCUGAAGUUCGACAGGAAGCUGUUCAACAAGCACUUGCCCAAGCAAUGCAGAACCGGUAUAAGCCUUCUCUUCCUAUGCCAUCCAAAAGAACUUCCGUUAUGGCUCGGAGUCCUGAUAGGGAACAUCAGGAAUCAGAGUCGUCAUCGGACGAAGAUAGCAUAGUUAAUGAAGAAGCAGUAGAAAGUACUCCAGAAAGAGAACGGAUACGAGACAGAAGUACACCCCAGAUGCUACCUCCACCUCCUCUGUCAGAUACAAGUAGCACCGGUUCACCACCGCCGUUACAUCACAGGCCUCGAAUGCCACCCCCAACUAAUUGGGACCAUCGAAGCAAAACUGAAAUUACCGAUAUUAGCGACGUCAUGCAAAACUUUAGGCCUUAUUCUCAAGCACCUGACGUAACACAUACGACUGCUCAAGGGGGUCGCAGAUCAACCGGUGCGGCAGAUAGGGUAAACAGGUAUUCCUCUUCCGCUUCCGAAGAUACCAUAAGUACGGGCACCGGACGAUGGAAGGUGUCCGCUAAAAUUCAACAGUUGCUCAAUACUCUUAAGAGGCCUAAACGUAGACCUUUACCUGAAUUUUACGAAGAUGAUGAUAUAGAAUUAGAAAUAGCAGCUAAUCCGAAAGAUCCUAAUGCUCCCAAACCAGAAGGAGGUUCCAUGACACCAGCCGUAGGCGACCAGCUAGUAGUACCUUCUGGACUUCCAAGAAAUUUGGAGGCAGCUGUAAGUCGAUAUGGAUCUGCAUCUUUUAAAGCGCCCGUUGCCACUGUUCUAGACCCUAACGGGAAAUUGACAACUACUUUGACUUACGGUAAAUUACAAAGUCGAUCGCAGAAAAUCGCAUAUGCACUUCUUACGAAAGCAUUUAGCAAGUCUGGUGAAACAAGUUUGAAAACUGGUGAUCGCGUUGCGCUUGUAUUUCCAAACAAUGACCCCAUUAACUUUCUUUGCGCUUUUUACGGUUGUUUACAAGCCGGCAUCGUCCCUGUUCCUAUCGAAGUCCCGAUUACAAGGCGAGAUGCCGGUUCACAGCAGAUAGGAUUCCUCCUAGGCAGCUGCAGCGUCCAAGUAGCCCUUACGUCUGAAGCUUGUCUAAAAGGACUACCAAAAACUGCCUCCGGUGAUGUAAUACAGUUCAAGGGUUGGCCCCGUUUGCAAUGGUUUGUGACUGAACAUUUGGCUCGGACACCAAAGGAUUGGUUGCCACCGCCUCGUCUGACCGAUGAAACACCCGCCUACAUUGAAUACACAACUGAUCGAGACGGUUCAGUUAUGGGUGUGACAAUCACACGAGCCGCUGUACUUACUCACUGUCGCACCCUUACAAUGGCUUGCAAUUAUACUGAGGGCGAAAUCAUGGUCUGCGUGUUGGAUUUUAAAAGAGAAGUCGGUUUGUGGCACUCAGUUCUUACGAGUGUUCUCAAUGGAAUGCACGUUAUCUACAUCCCUUACGCUCUUAUGAAAGUCAAUCCGGCAAGCUGGAUGCAAAUGAUAACGAAGUACAGAGCUAGUGUGGCGGUAGUAAAAUCCAGAGAUCUCCACUGGGGUCUGUUAGCUACCAAAGAUCAUAAGGACAUUAAUCUGUCCACUCUUCGGAUGCUCUUAGUUGCUGAUGGUGCAAAUCCGUGGUCCUUAAGCUCCUGUGAUCAGUUCUUAUCGGUGUUUCAGACGAAAGGUUUACGUCCAGAUGCAAUAUGUCCAUGUGCGAGUUCAAACGAGUGCUUGACUGUGUCUGUUCGACGUCCUGGUCGAGCUGGAGUGAAUGCCACUGGUAGGGGGGUUCUUUCAAUGCAGGGUCUCAGUUACGGAGUUGUUCGAGUCGAUCAGGAGAAUAGUCUGACUUCGUUGACUUUACAAGACUGCGGUCAAGUUAUGCCCGGUUGCGUGAUAGUUGUGAUCAAAAUGGAUGGACCACCGUACCUUUGUAAAACAGACGAGGUCGGGGAGAUUUGCGUUAAUUCGGGGGCGACCGGAACGCAAUACUGGGGAUUGCAAGGACUUACGAAUAGUACGUUUAAAGUGCAGUCGCUCGCGUCGGAUGGUAAACCAAUGUCUGAUGCCGAGUAUAGUCGGUCGGGGUUACUAGGGUUUUUGGGGCCUGGCGGACUGGUGUUUGUUUGUGGUUCUCGUGAUGGACUAAUGACUGUUACGGGUCGGAAACAUAAUGCGGAUGAUAUAAUAGCUACUGUUCUUGCGGUGGAGCCGAUGAAGUUCAUUUAUAGAGGACGCAUUGCUGUGUUUAGUAUCCGUGUACUUAGGGACGAGAGGAUUUGUGUGAUUGCUGAACAAAGACCUGAUUGCAGUGAAGAGGAGUCUUUUCAAUGGAUGUCUCGUGUUUUGCAAGCUGUAGACUCGAUACACCAGGUAGGCAUUUAUUGUCUGGCGUUGGUUCCACCGAAUUAUUUGCCAAAAACUCCAUUGGGUGGCAUCCACCUUUCCGAGACCAAGCGUAGAUUUAUGGAGGGAACGUUGCACCCAGCUAACGUUCUCAUGUGCCCCCAUACGUGUGUCACUAAUUUGCCAAAACCACGAGAAGUUCAUCAAGCAGCCGACUGUGUUUCAGACGUUGGCCCCGCGUCUGUUAUCGUUGGCAACCUGGUGCAAGGCAAUCGCCUCGCAAGUGCUCAAGGUCGAGAUCUCGGUGUCCUCGACGAAGAUGGAGACACCACUAAGAGGCAACAACAAUUCAUUUCGGAACUUCUUCGAUGGAGAGCUCAAAGUACAGCCGACCAUGUUCUUUUCACUCUGUUGAACAGCAAAGGAGCUGUAGCGAGAACUUUGUCGUGUUCAGAACUACACAAAAAGGCAGAACGAAUAGGCAAUUUGUUAAAUGAAAAGGGCCGAGUAAAUACGGGUGAGCAUGUGGCACUUAUAUUUCCUCCUGGUCUGGAUUUGAUUUGUGCUUUCUACGGAUGCUUAUAUGUUGGAGCCGUGCCCGUUACGAUUAGGCCUCCUCAUCCGCAAAACUUACAGACAACACUUCCCACAGUUCGAAUGAUAGUGGAUGUGUCGAAGUCGGUUCUUGUAUUAUCAUCGCAGGCGGUCAUAAAGCUACUGCGUUCUAAAGAGGCGAGUAACGUGGUCGAUCUAAAAUCAUGGCCUCCAAUACUAGAUACAGAUGACAUACCGAAGAAGAAGCUGCCCAUGGUUUACAGGCCUCCUGCUGCUGAAAUGAUCGCCUAUCUCGACUUCAGCGUUUCCACAACGGGGAUGCUUGCCGGUAUUAAAAUGUCCCAUGCAGCAGUUACGAAUCUUUGCAGAAGUAUGAAGUUAGCCUGCGAACUGUACCCCAGCAGGCACAUUGCAUUGUGCCUGGAUCCAUACUGCGGUCUUGGCUUUGCGCUGUGGUGCUUGAGCAGCAUUUACUCUGGUCACCAUUCCAUUCUUAUACCUCCUUCGGAAGUGGAGGUUAAUCCGGCCUUGUGGUUAUCGGCAGUGAGUCAGUAUAAAGUUCGUGACACUUUCUGCUCAUACGGUGUGAUGGAACUCUGUACAAAGGGCUUAGGGUCCUCUGUUAGUCAGCUAAAAUCGCGUGGUGUGAAUCUAGCUUGUGUACGCACAUGCGUGGUCGUAGCUGAAGAACGUCCGCGUAUUAACUUGGCCACGAGUUUCUCGAAACUUUUCAGUGCGGUCGGUCUUAGUCCUCGGGCGGUUUCAACCUCUUUCGGAUGUCGUGUAAAUGUGGCCAUUUGUCUCCAGGGUGCCUCCAGUCCGGAACCUUCUACUGUAUAUGUUGAUUUGCGCGCCCUUAGAAACGACCGGGUGACAUUAGUCGAACGGGGAAGUCCACACAGUUUAUGUAUUAUGGAAAGUGGAAAACUUUUACCAGGCGUUAAAGUGGUCAUUGCAAAUCCAGAAACAAAAGGUCAGUGCGGCGACUCCCACUUGGGAGAGGUCUGGGUACAAAGUGGGCAUAAUGCCAGUGGCUACUUUACGAUUUAUGGCGAUGAGAGCGACUAUGCUGACCACUUCAACGCCCGUUUGGUGACGGGAAAUACGAGCGAGGUGUUUGCCCGUACGGGUUAUCUAGGUUUCCUCAGACGUACCGAGGUCACGACUACCACGUCAUCUUCUGGAGUAAUAAGCACAACGCACGUGGAGGAAACGCGAUUAGGUGGAAUGAUAUUAGACAGUGACACCGAAUCGUUGGGAUCACAGCAGCAUUUAUCUAACGAUGGUUCAGCCGAGUUGCACGAUGCCGUUUUCAUAGUUGGUGCCUUGGAUGAGACCAUUAUGCUGAGGGGCAUGCGAUACCACCCCAUCGACAUUGAGAAUAGUGUGUUGCGUUGCCACAAGAAAAUAUCAGAAUGUGCGGUGUUCACAUGGACAAAUCUGUUGGUGGUAGUGGUGGAGUUGGAUGGUAAUGAAAGUGAAGCAUUGGACUUAGUUCCUCUUGUUACGAACACAGUCCUUGAGGAACAUCAUUUGAUAGUUGGUGUCGUUGUGGUCGUGGAUCCAGGCGUCGUUCCUAUCAAUUCCCGAGGUGAGAAACAGCGCAUGCACCUGCGGGACGGUUUCCUCGCCGACCAGCUCGAUCCCAUUUACGUGGCGUACAACAUGUGAAUGUCAUCUUCAUCUCAGAUUGCAACGUCUGGCGAUAAGUAAACAAAUUUACAUGAGUGUGUCUGACUUUUGUAUUAUUCUUUUCCCCCCAAAUAGGUUCAUUUAUUAUUACUGAAUAAGUUAAGGUUCGUGCUAGGAAUUUUUAAGGAGGUAAGACGUAACAUUUAAGCAAGUAACGACAAAGUCGAAGAAACUCACUCUGUGGUUGUAGUUAUCGUAUAUUUAGGGCUGCUAUCGAUUUGAGUUCUGUUUUUUGUCCUUAUUUGUUUCAAUUUUGUUAAUAUCGUAUUAUUUAUUCUUCAUCUUAAAUUAGGCUACUGCCUAAAUAUAUGUGCCACCUGUUAAUUCCAGUUCUAUUCUUAUAUUAGUAGUGUGAAUGGUUGGAACAUGAAAGAAUAGUGAAUAAGAAUUAAAAAGACGUAAGGACCAUACGUCGGUCGCAUAUGUAAGGUCCAUACCUAAAGGUCGACGAUUUUGAUCGUUAAAUAUGUCUUGUU